AUGCCGGCAGACGAAGAGCCCCAGCUCUUUGAGCAAUGCCGCGUCUGCAUUGUAUCUACAGACUCACUCCCUCAUGAAACCGCCGAACAGUUAGCAGCGAUAAUCGAAGAAUACGGUGGCGAACCAUCGAUCCAUGAUUCAACUCCAACUAGAGAGGAAACGACGGAGUGCACACACAUUAUUUCCAACACCAUUAACUUCGAGACCUAUGACCUCGCCUGCAAAGCCUUAAUUCCUGUCGUGAAGCCCUCCUGGGUGCACACUUCUCUGUCCAAACGCAAAAUCGCCAACCCGCGCCAACAUAGCCCCGACCCACGUUUAUUCUUACAUGAUGUGGUGGUGACAUGCGGUGACAUCCCCGAGGGAGAUAAGGAUGCCAUCAUUGGCGGAGUUACAGCUAAAGGCGGCUUGUACAGCCCACGCAUGUCCGCUCUAGUCACUCAUCUGGUUGAUUUAACUAUGGACUCGGAUAAAGCGCGUCUGACACAGGCCAAAAAACUGCGUGCCAAGGUUGUUUUACCUCAUUGGUUUGACGAUUGCCUUAAACUUGGUCGACGCAUUGACGAACGCCCAUACACAUUACCAGACCCGGAGAUUCUGCGCGCCAACCCCGAUGACCCGAUUCGAGGAACCGGAAAUAAAGGUCUGACUGGCGCGUUGACCCCUGAGCCCUCUGCUCCGCCCACGUUAAACGAUGAUUCCCAAGGUGCGCUUGACCUGAAUGUAUUUGAUGGGAAAUGCAUCAUGUUGUCCCCCGAUCUGAGCAUUGGCUCACGCCUACUGGAAUCCAUUAAAGCGAUUAUCAAGCGGGGUGGUGCCACAGUGACGGGAAACGUCAACGAAGCAGAUUGGGUUAUUUGUCGCUUCCGUGAGGGCUUUGUCUACCGAACCGCCUCAAGACUGGACAAGGAAGUUGGCAAUCUUGCCUGGCUUUACUCUUUGAUGACCUUCAAUGAAUACACUCGGCCCCUGAGCCGAAUGCUCCAUUACCCGGUUUCUCGCACACCGAUACCCGGGUUCCAAGGACUCAAAGUCAGUCUAUCCAACUACGUCGGGGAGGCCAGAAUUUAUCUUGAAAGCUUGGUCGUCGCUGCAGGUGCCGAGUGUACAAAAACCCUGAAGCAGGAAAACACCCACUUGAUCACCGCACAUGGGACGAGUGAAAAAUGCAGCGCCGCGAGAGAAUGGGGCUUGCAGGUAGUCAACCAUUUAUGGCUGGAAGACAGUUAUGCCAAGUGGAAGAUGCAGCCCGUCUCUGACUCUCGCUACAACCACUUCCCCUCACGCACCAACCUGGGUGACGUUGCGGGUCAGAGGAUGCUGGAGCGUGAUGUUCUCGAGAAGAAUUUUUUCUCAUCUGAGGACACGGAGCGAUUGAGUCCCGAGCCUAAAAUGCAAUAUGAAGACCAAAAAGUGACGUCGGAUUUGGCUGCUGAUAAAAUCCAGACAGACAAAGAGGAGGCUUCCAAACAGAGUGGCACCCCACAAGCUAAUAGAAAGACCCGCAAGCCUUCGGAGAAGGUGCAGACCCCUGCUCGGUCUCGGCUUAUUCCCGAUAACAAGGAAAAUGAGACCCCGUCGUCAGUCAGCAGCCGUAAAUCCAAGGAGGCAGCGAUUGCUCAUCUCCAUGAGCUUGCUCCUGACAUUGCUCUGUACGAAAAGGAGAGAAAGCGCGUUGGAGGCGUCAUUCAUGGCGGUAGACGAAAGUCAGAUGACGACCGUGUACAUGACAACCCGAAGAAGCGACGCUCAGUCGAAGCCGAUGAAGAGAGUGGCAGUGAGCAAAUAAACGAUGCCAAAAGAGCAAAGAAGUCUCUACCUGCUAUCAAGAUGCACUUGCUGAUUACUGGCUACCAAAAUUGGGUGGGCAAAGGUAACGAGAAGAAGGAGGAUGGAGAUAAGCGACAUCUCCGUGAACUGGGCAUCAUGGUGGUUCAGGAUGCUCGGCGGUGCACCCAUAUGGCGGCACCGUCCAUUCUGCGUACCACAAAGUUUGUAAAUGCAUUGGCAUACGCACCCAUUAUUGUGAAUACAGACUUUAUCACCAGCUGCCUCAAGCAAGACAAGUUGCUUAACCCAUCGGACUUCAAGCUGAUUGACAAGGCGGCCGAGAAUAAGUUCCGAUUCUCUUUGGUCAAGGCCACAGAAAAUGCCAAAGCAAACAAGAACAAGCUUCUGCGCGGCUUCCGCAUUUACUGUGUCGAGGACAUUCGUGGUGGAUUUGAAGCAUUCAAGUCCAUCGUCGAUGUGAAUGGCGGCGAGUGCAUGCUCUUCCGUGGUCGCCUUGCACUCACGAAUCCUUCCCGACGAGAGGAAAGCGAUGACGAAGAAGAAACCGAUCCUGAUGAUUAUGAGACUGGACGACAUGAUGUCUUCCUUCUAAGCAGUGCCGAAUCCAAGCAUGCUCGUCUCUGGCCCCGAUUCCGCCAGGUAGCGGGCGAUAUCGACCGAGCCGCACGGAUUGUCCGAGUAGACUGGCUGCUCGACAUGGCUAUGUCACAGGAGUUAAAGGGUGCCGAGGAGUAUGAGUUGACGGAGGAUAUGAUUGACAACGAAGAAGAGUAG